UUUAUUAACGGGAUUUUCUGCUUUAUUCCUUGUUCUUCCUUUUUUUUUAUUCGCCUCAGGCGCUCACCGCAUCAUCAUCGCCGGCGUCAUUUCUGAUUAUUAGCCGCUUUUUCCUCUCUUCGCUACGCCAUCGGUCGCGCCGCCCAGCUUAAAUGUCCGACUCAAUGCAGGUGCAGGGGCUUCUACCCCAUCAGCGCCGCCUAGGCGCAAACACGACCAUCAAGGCUAGGGGCAAUUCGUGCACCGAGUGUCGACGUCGCAAGCAAAAGUGCGACCAAGGAAGACCGUGUAGCAAUUGUACGCGCCGAUUCCCGCAGCCGACGUGCGAGUACACCACCAAACGAAACGUCAAGAGGCCCACGGCGUCCGGAUCUCCAAGGAGCAGCUCCAAGAAUGUCAAGGUUGUGCUACAGGGCAAUGCGUAUGCCCAUCUCAACUUGUCCGACAUCCAAGAUGCAAUUCUCCAGGUUGAAGGGGCCGUCGCUGCCGGCGGUCUGGCCGACAGCCCACCGCUAGGCGCUGAAAGAGAAGCUGCUUUUGAAAUACCGGACCACCAGGAUGCGCACUCGUCUUCUCCCGGCUCUGUUUCAGAUCCUUUCCGCAUCGUAGUUACAGACGAAACGGGCACGCUUAGACCCAAAUCCGUCUUUGCCAUGCUACGUUUGAUUUUGUCGGCCCGCCUUAAAGUCACUAAUCGCAUUGUCAAUGACGAAUGGAGCAUCGACGGCCCUCAACUUCUGCGCGCUUUCCAGCAGGCUACCCGGCCACCUCCCAUGCUUGGGGGUCUGGACGAUCAACUGCGGAACCUGCCUAUGGAGCCAACCAGGCUAAAUAUUGAGCUCGUCCGAAUACACCUCCAACUCCUAUCGCGCUUCAAGGCUUCUAUAGAUGGAAAUCCUGACCCUGAGAGUCGAUUUAUGAAGCAUUGGGUUCCGCUAUCAAUUAAAGAUCCUCUCCUUCUUCAGAUAGUACUAUAUACGGCAGUAUGCUUCCUCAAGGAAACAGGCCGAGUGCCCAAGAUGCUUGCUUGGGCUUACAAAGGCGUGGUCCAUCGCAUGCUAAACGAGCACUUGAGCUCGGCUAGAACGCAGACGGGCGACGCCGCCAUCAUGGGAACCGCCCAGAUGGUCAUGGAUUCAUGGUACUGGGGAACCACUGAAGAACUGCGCGCCCACAUGGCGGGCCUCAAGACCAUGUUGCGAAUGAGGGGCGGCCUGCAGGAUCUAGGAAUGGGCGGUUUCCUAGCCAAGACAGUGCUCAUCCACGACAUUGCUAUCGCCAUAGCUCACGAUAUUGAGCCCGAUAUCUACGGCCAACCCGGCUUUGAAUUUCAAGAUGACUUCAUGGUUCCGUAUCAAACCUCUUUUAAUUCCCCCUUUUUAUCAGGAUGGCCAAUGUUUAUCGACCCGGCGUCGGCGUUGAAACUCCAUCGAAGCUCGGCCCAGAUCCUGGACGACGUAAGAUCUGUCAUACAGAUGGUACAAGCCCUGCCUCCAUCACCAACUACACAAGAGCUACACCAUGUCAAGGAAGCAGCAUUGUGGGCCCUUAGCAAGCUAGAUCAGAUGCCGGAGAAUAUUCCCCUCCACGAAGAGGACGAUGGUACGGGACGUGGAGCCGAAGAAGGAGACGAUAUCCAGUGGGAAACGACGGGCUACGAGGGGGCGGGUACAUCCCCGGCAAGCAGUUCUGAUUACGAUUCAUCUUCCCCCAGAAGCAACGAUAGUGCAUCCAUGAGCGGCUCGCCACCCGCUCCGGUGGAUGAAACUGCCAGUGCCCGAUUGGCCAGGACGAAGAAUGAUGCCAUGUACCGUUGUAUCCGUGUAACGGCUUCAAUUUACUACCGCGCCAUCAUUGCUCGUGUACCUACCACUCAGAUCCUAGGCGAAACCGACUUCCUCAAGCUAUGGGAACUGGUCUGGGAGGUCUCGGUGCCGUAUUGGAAGACGGCUGUUGGCGUAUUCAUCUGGGUCAUGGCAGCUGCCGUGCCAAGCUGCCACGCGUCUCCACCCGCCCGAAUGAUUAAGACCCUGUCUGUCGUUGGCUGGAUGACUAUGGGCUUGGAGAACUGGCAUGUCGCCAUCAGCGCGGCUAAUACGGCCUUGAGCCUCCAGCGGUGGCUUAGAGGAGACCAGUACUUCUUCCAAGAUGACGGAAUGGAUUACCAAUAUGGCCCUUCCGGGGGAGAAAAUGUGGUGGAGAAGCAUGGGUUUAUUCUGCGGGAGGCGAGCAUUCCGGAGGUGGUUGCCAACGUGCGGUGCAACGACGAUCACGAGCUGAUUGAGUAAGAUGAAUAUUAUCUGUUUUCGUGUCUGUUUUCCAGCUCCAAGGGGGGUCUACUACCGGGGCUUUGAUGUUUGGGCAUGCGAUGCUGUGCUGAUUGGAGGGAAAUUUCAAUGAGAGAUUGAUUUCAUCAUCAUGACAAUGAGCAUGCUGGACACGCAUACGCCAUGAUUGGAUACUCUCAAAUAUUACUCGCUGCAACAAGUAUUCCGAUACGAACUGCAACAUGCAUGCGAUUGCUUUGGCGAAAUUUCAGUCAUACGACAA